UCGGCUGUCACCAAUCCAAGCCGGUUUGUGUACCACGUUUGCGGCCUGGAGCGAUUUCGUGAUUCAGUUUUUUCAAAAUGUUCGAUUUAAAAACCUAUCCAAACUUUACGCUGGUAGGAAUCAAGGAUCGGAUCGUGUUCUUCUCACCGGAAGGUACACCGGUGCACGAAAUAGUGCUGAAGGAGUUUAAUUCUCCCGCGAACGAAGAGGCUUCGAAGAACGGUAACCCAAGCGUGCUGCUGCCACAUGUAGUUACGUUCGAGUAUUGUGGGAGCUCGAAUCUGUUGGCCGUUUCCGUCGGUGAUAAAUCGUUACGCUGUUUCUCCAUCCUCGAGAAGGACGGGAAGGUGUCUUCUGAGGCAUUGGGCGACCCCAUACCAACUACGAAAACGAUCGUCUGCAUGAAAUUUGCCCCGAAGCAUGAUGGCCUUCUGUUUGGCUGUGAUAAAGGCGAUUGCUACGAGUUUAACAUGCGAGCGGAAGCCAGCGAACGCUCCAAGUGGAUUUUGGGUCACAUGAGCCAAAUACUGGAUGUUGCGAUCAGUUCGGAUGAGAGGUACAUAGUAACAUGUGACCGGGAUGAAAAGAUUAAAGUAACAUCUUACCCCGAUUGCCACAAUAUCGAGUGUUACUGCUUGGGACAUCUGGAGUACGUAGGCGCACUAGCCUUUAUCUCACCAACGCGGUUACUAUCGGUUUCCGGUGACAAAACUCUCCGUGUUUGGCAGUACGUCGAGGGAAAAGAAGCCGUCAGCCAUCAACUUCAAGAACCGGCCGUGCACGUGUCCGUUCGACCGAUGGCAGACGAGCAAAGUGGGUCGAUUUGUGUGGUCAAAAGCUUCGUGGAAAACAAGCUGGAGUUGGUGCACAUUGCCCACGAACCAACGAACACAUGCACUACCUUGGAACCAUUAGAACUGGAUGCCAAUUUUACAAUUCUGAAUGCCAUACUAUCCGCCUCGUUAGAACUGUACUUGCUUGUCUUGGCAAAAGAAAGCAAAGCAGCGGAGCUACUGGUGUACGAGUUUAUCGAGAAGGAAAAACGGUUCCAGGUACGCAACGAUCAUCCACUGCGAUUGAGCUUCCUCAAGACCUUCGAUGGAGCUACGAUCGAUCAGGUUAGAAACUAUAGUACACUCUUCAAAAAUAGUGUCGACAACCUGACGGACUAUUUUGAACGGAAGAAGCAGAAAAUUGGCAAAAAAGGAAGUGAAUAAACUGGUAGGUUACUG